CUUGACACCACAGUCACUCUCCAGAGAUCGUGACUUGAGGGCAGGGUCUCCUGGUCCUCCAGUUGGAAUUCUUUUAUGCUGCAGCGAGCCUGCCAGGAAUGAAAAGGAGAAGGCGAAAGAGUGGGUGGCUGCAGGAGGCAGGGCCAUCGCCAGAUUCUAGACCCUGCAGGCUCCAGUGUGAGGAUUCCUUUUGGCUCCUUUCCUCUGUGGUUGAUGCUUCUGCUUGGAGCUGCCAGGCAAGUGCAGGAUGUGCUGCAGUUUCCUGAGACAGCUAUUGGCUCAGGAGAGCCAGCACUCCACCCCGGUGGGGCGCUUCCUUCUUCCGGUGCUCGUGGGAUUCCGUCUCCUGAUUCUGGUUUCCAGUGGACCUGGCGUUUUCGGCAAUGAUGAGAACGAAUUCAUGUGUCAUUUAGGGCAGCCAGGCUGCAAGACCAUUUGUUAUGAUGUCUUCCGCCCUCUCUCUCCGUUGCGCUUCUGGGCCUUCCAAGUCAUCCUGAUGGCUGUACCCAGCGCCAUUUAUGUGGCUUUCACCCUGUAUCAUGUGAUUGGAUACUGGGAGGUACCAGGCAAGAACAAAGAGCAAGAGGCCCAUAUUUGCAAAGGGGAUCGUUGCAAGGAUGUCUCAGGGGCUAUGAGCCUCAAACUUCUCUGGGCCUAUGUGGCACACCUUGGGGUGCGGCUGAUCCUUGAGGGAGCAGCUCUAGGAGUUCAGUACCAUCUAUAUGGCUUCAAGAUGCCCAGCACUUUUAUAUGUCGUGAGGAUCCUUGUAUUGGCAGCACAACCUGUUUCCAGUCUCACCCUUCUGAGAAGACCAUCCUCCUCAACACCAUGUUUGGGAUCAGCGGGGCCUGUCUCUUAUUUAUUUUCUUGGAGCUUGUGCUUUUGGGUUUAGGGAGGGUUUGGAAGACGUACAGGCACAAACUUCCCCUCUUUAAGAACUUGUCAACCUCAGAGCGCUCGGUAAGACACAAGGACACACCCGAUGACUUGUCAGUGGUGGAGACAAAAGAGCCAUUUUGAGAAGCAGGUGAGAACCCUCCUGACAGUCAUCUGUCCCUGCCUCUGAUGUCUCUGUGUCGGCAGUCCCCACCCUUGUCCUUUGGGGUGAACAGCUCCCCACGUUAUAAUGUGUAGAUAAUCGAUCUCCAAGUAGAUACCUUCUAAAAAUUAUUUACUUUUUACUUUAAAUUGUGUGUGUGUGUGUGUGUGUGUGUGUGUGUGUGUGUGUGUGUGUGUGUGUGUGUGUGUGUGUGUGAAUUCAGGUGCCUGUGGAGGCCAGAGAGAGGUAGCUGUCCAAUGUGGGUACUGGGUUCUUUGGUUUCUUUGCAAGGGGAGUAUGCACUCUAAAUCACUGGAAUAUCUCUCCAGAUCCCAGAUGUAUUUUUUUUAAAGGGAUGAAAUGUUUACUUUGGUUCACAGUUUGAGGGCACAGUCUCUCAUGGUGGAGAAGGCAUUUAUAUUUAUAUAUGAA